AUGCCACAGAUACCUGGAGACGAUGGAGAUAACAUUCAACAAAGGUCGACAUGGCUUCUAAGACGACGGAUAGCAGUCAUUUCCGGUAGCGACGCUCGACCGACAUUUCUUCUAAGAGCAUUUGAUAAAAAGCAGACAAAAAACCGGGGAGGACAUGGCCCCUCCCGGCCCCCAAAGGGAUCCGCCACUGUAUGGGUGGCUGCAAAAGUUUCAAACAGUAGAGACGAAGUGGUUUUAACGGAAUCUCUACCUAAUUGUUUAUCGAAAGUUCCGGUUUCCGAUCAUUUUAUCCCAACAGUUGUAGGCUGCCUUGAAUGGCUGCGAUGGAUUUGGUGA